AUGCACGGGUCUACGAUUAUAUAUUUAUUCAGUAUCAUAGGAAUAAUCUAUUCUCAAUCAUAUGGUACUUCUUAUAGUACUAACAGAUUUUAUUCUCCAAACCAGUAUAAUGCAAAAAGAUUGCGACCUUCUAUCAAGGUAUACUAUGAAUCUCAAUGCCCAGCUUGCAAGGCGUUGGACUCCACAUAUUUCGCGGAUGUGGUGAAAACAUUAGGCCCCUACCUAGACAUUUACACCAAUCCGUAUGGAAAAGCAGAGACGCUAUACAAUAACAAUGGGUCAAUAGAGUUCCAAUGCCAGCACGGCCCCGUAGAGUGUUACGGCAACAAGUUGCAUGCGUGCGCUCUCGACAAUAUCCCCAACCGUCAGCAGGCGCUCCUGUUCAACGGUUGCAUGAUGGAGGCAGGAAGGCCAGAUGGAGGCUCGAACGACGAAUCAGCAGACCAAUGUGGUGCUUUAAUGAGUAUAGACGCGAACGCUAUAAAGAGCUGUGCAAAAUCGCAAAGAUCCUCCGUGUUGCUAAGUAACUACGGAAUUGAAACUAAAGCAGCGAACAUCAAAUGGCUUCCUACCGUUCGAAUAAACGAUGUCGAAUGGAACGGGACUGGUGAUGGCCUCAUGGCAGCCGUUUGUGCAGCGUUCACUAAUCCACCGGCACAGUGCAGGGGCUAUAUAUAA